ACUCACUCCAAUUCUCUCCUCUUCCUUUUUACCCUCUUCGUUCUCUCUCUCUCCCCCCUCUCUCUCAUAGCUUCACCAUCCCCUUCCCUUCUUCUGUAUGCUCCAUCUUCUUCGUCACUUCUCCUUCAUUUAUCAGUAUACUUCUCUUGUAUUUGUCCAUAAAACCCAGAAAAAGAAAUAUAUCAGUGUUUGAGAGUUUUGGUGCGUUUGCGUCUUUGUUUUCCCUUGCGGCGAAAUUGAAGUUCCUGUUUUUAUCGCAUUUAUUAUUAUAUAUACAGUGAGGAAGUUUGAAUUCUGCGGAUAUUAUUCCUGGCGGUUGGUGUUUUGUUCCUGUCACUCCCAAGAAUCUUCCAGAGUUUGAGGGACGGAGAUUAUUAAUUUAGUUCCAGUUCAUUAUUCGAUGAAUUCAACUAUUGCCUCAUAGUUAUUUCCGUCCAGAAAGAAGAAGUGAAGAAGAAGAAGAAGAAGUCAAGAAGCUAGCCAGCUCGCUAGUGCAGCUAAAUUGAACUCUCUUAAAGCCACCUUCUUGUUCAUUCCCAAGAAACAACUUCAAUUUCUGCAAUGGCUCCCAAAACUGGCAAAACCAAACCCCACAAAGCUAAGGGAGACAAGAAGAAGAAGGAAGAGAAAGUUUUGCCAACUGUAAUUGAAGUUACUGUGGAGACCCCAGACGAUUCUCAAGUGACCAUUAAGGGAAUAUCUACGGACAGGAUCUUGGAUGUGAGAAAGUUGCUUGGGGUCCACGUGGAGACAUGUCACCUGACCAACUACUCCUUAUCCCACGAGGUGCGAGGUCCUAGGCUGAAAGAUUCCUUGGAUAUCGUCUCCCUGAAGCCUUGCCAUCUCUCCAUUGUCGAAGAGGACUACACCGAGGAGCUCGCAGUGACUCACAUUCGGCGACUCCUUGACAUCGUGGCAUGUACCACCGCCUUCGGCUUCUCCUCCGCCGCCGGUAGGCCGGUUGUCCGGUCCAACACGAAGGAUCCUGCUGGAACCAAAGAAUCCGGUUCGGUUGAGACCGAACAAUCUCAGCAGCAGAGUCCAACUUCAGAAAAUGGAUUGGAAACCAACUCGAAGCCCGAAUCUGGUGAUCAGAAACUUGAUUCCGGCGGGGGAGCAGUUCAGAAAGGUGGUGUUCAAAAAGGCGACAAGUCGGAUAAAGUGGACAUUGACAUUUCCAUGUGUCCCCCACCGAGAUUGGGGCGAUUUUACGACUUCUUUUCGUUCUCGCAUCUCACGCCUCCUAUACAUUACAUACGAAGGUCAAAUCGUCCAUUUCUAGAAGACAAGACAGAAGAUGAUUUCUUUCAGAUUGAUGUUAGGGUUUGUAGUGGAAAACCAACAACAAUUGUUGCUUCCAGAAAGGGAUUCUAUCCUGCUGGAAAACGUCUCCUUGUCAGUCAUACUUUGGUCGGCCUUCUUCAGCAGAUAAGCAGGGUAUUUGAUUCUGCUUACAAAGCUCUUAUGAAAGCCUUUACAGAACACAAUAAAUUUGGCAAUCUUCCUUAUGGCUUUCGUGCAAACACGUGGGUUGUCCCUCCAGUUGUUGCUGACAAUUCAUCUGUCUUUCCCCCACUUCCAACGGAAGAUGAAACUUGGGGAGGAAAUGGUGGUGGACAAGGCAGAGAUGGUAAACAUGAUAAGCGACAAUGGGCAAGAGAGUUUGCAAUACUAGCCGCAAUGCCUUCUCAAACGGCAGAAGAGAGGCAAAUUCGAGAUAGGAAAGCCUUUCUGUUGCACAGUUUAUUUGUCGACGUGUCAGUCAUAAAAGCCGUUUCAGCAAUAAAGCAUCUUAAAGAAAUCUCUUUAAACAGUCCAACUACCCAAACUUCCUAUGAAGAAAAAAUUGGAGAUUUGGUUAUUAAGGUGACCAGGGACGUAUCUGAUGCAAGUAUGAAGUUGGAUUGCAAAAAUGAUGGAAGUCAGAUUCUUGGAUUGUCAGAAGAAGAACUUGCUCGAAGAAACUUGCUUAAAGGCAUAACUGCAGACGAGAGUGCAACUGUUCAUGAUACUCCCACUUUAGGUCUAGUUAUCGUAAGGCAUUGUGGAUACACAGCUGUCGUGAAUGUUUCAACCAAGAUAGAUUGGGAAGGCAGUCCUAUUCCUGUGGACAUUGAUAUUGAGGACCAGCCCGAAGGUGGUGCAAAUGCUCUAAAUGUUAACAGCUUGAGGAUGUUGUUACACAAGUCAUCUACACCUCAAUCAUCUAAUACAAUUCAACGAAACCAAAGCACAGACGUUGAAAAUUUACGAUCUGCUAGAUCUUCGGUAAGGAGGGUUAUAGAGAAAAGCUUACUAAAAUUGCAGGAAGAGCCCACUAAACACAGUAAAUCUAUCAGAUGGGAAUUAGGAGCUUGUUGGGUUCAACAUUUGCAAAAUCAAACUACUGGGAAAACUGAGCCCAAAAAGUCAGAAGACUCUAAACCUGAACCGGAUGUUAAAGGGCUUGGGAAGCAAGGUGGAUUACUAAAGGAACUGAAGAAAAAGAUUGACAACAGGAAUUCAAAGGCUGAACAAGGGAAAGACACUUUAACAAAUAAUGGCGUUGACGUGACUAACAAGUCAGAUGCCACUCAGGAGGAGUUAGAGAGGCAAGAAGAAGAAAAGGAAGCUCUGUGGAGAAAGCUGCUUCCUGAUGCAGCAUAUGCACGCCUUAAAGAAUCUAAAACUGGUCUCCAUCUAAAGUCACCUGAUGAAUUGAUGGAUAUGGCACAUAAAUAUUAUGUUGAAACUGCACUUCCAAAGCUGGUGGCAGAUUUCGGUUCCCUUGAACUUUCACCAGUUGAUGGAAGGACAUUAACUGAUUUUAUGCAUACUAGGGGCUUGCAAAUGUCUUCGUUGGGAAGAGUGGUUGAGCUUGCAGAUAAGCUUCCUCAUGUACAAUCACUUUGCAUACAUGAGAUGGUUGUUCGGGCCUACAAACACAUCUUGCAAGCUGUCAUUGCAGCAGUUGAUGACGUAUCUGAAUUGGCUUCAUCUAUUGCAUCAUGCUUAAACAUACUGUUAGGAACGCCAACUCCUGAAACAACAGAUGCAGAAAUUAUCGAUUGUGAUAAUUUGAAAUGGAGAUGGGUAGAAAUAUUCCUUCUUAAGAGGUUUGCGUGGAAAUGGAAACAUGAAAGUGUUCAGGAUUUAAGAAAGUUUGCCAUUCUACGCGGACUAUGCCACAAGGUUGGACUAGAGCUGGCUCCUAGGGACUAUGAUAUGGAGACAACAUCUCCUUUUAGAAAGUUAGAUAUCGUAAGCAUGGUGCCCAUAUAUAAGCAUGUUGCAUGCUCAUCUGCUGAUGGGCGCACACUGUUGGAGUCAUCAAAGACUUCUCUGGACAAAGGUAAAUUGGAGGAUGCUGUCAACUAUGGCACAAAGGCACUGUCAAAAUUGGUGUCGGUAUGCGGACCUUACCACAGAAUGACAGCAGGAGCAUAUAGCCUCUUGGCUGUUGUGUUGUAUCAUACGGGAGAUUUCAAUCAGGCAACUAUUUAUCAGCAAAAAGCAUUGGAUAUAAAUGAAAGAGAGCUUGGACUAGAUCAUCCUGAUACCAUGAAAAGUUAUGGGGAUCUGGCUGUUUUCUACUAUCGGCUCCAGCAUACAGAACUGGCUCUAAAGUACGUCAAUCGUGCAUUGUAUCUUUUGCACCUUACCUGUGGACCUUCACAUCCAAAUACUGCUGCAACCUACAUUAAUGUUGCAAUGAUGGAAGAAGGAUUAGGGAACGUCCAUGUUGCUCUCAGAUACCUUCAUGAAGCCUUAAAGUGCAAUAAAAGAUUACUGGGAGCCGACCACAUACAGACGGCUGCAAGCUAUCAUGCAAUAGCCAUUGCUCUGUCUUUGAUGGAAGCAUAUUCUCUAAGCGUUCAGCAUGAGCAAACCACCUUGCAAAUACUACAAGCUAAACUUGGCUCUGAUGAUCUUAGGACACAGGAUGCUGCUGCGUGGCUCGAAUAUUUUGAGUCAAAGGCUCUUGAGCAACAAGAGGCUGCCCGCAACGGUACACCUAAGCCAGAUGCCUCAAUCUCCAGCAAGGGUCAUUUGAGUGUGUCAGACCUCUUGGAUUACAUCACACCAGAUGCUGAUCUGAAAGCAAGAGAAGCACAGAAAAAGGCUCGAGCUAAGUUGAAGGGGAAACCUGGCCCCGGCCAAACCUGGGAAACAGUUCCAGAUGAAACUCGAAAGGAUGAAGAUGUGUCUCAAGUGUAUCCUACUGCAGAGAAUCCAAGCGAUAAAGAAAAUAAAUCUGAAUCUCAACUAGCAGAACGUAUAAUUGAUAAAGUUGAGCCCACGCUCUCAGAUCAAUCAACCCUCGAUGAAAGUAAUAACCUGGGGCAGGAUGACACCUCAGAUGAAGGAUGGCAAGAAGCUGUUCCAAAAGGUCGCUCGCUCACUGGACGCAAGUCAUCUUCAUCAAGGAGGCCAACCCUAGCAAAACUGAACACUAACUUCAUUAAUGUUUCGCAAUCAUCAAGAUAUCGAGGCAAGCCUACAAAUUAUUCUUCUCCACGAGCAAGCUCAAAUGAGACAAGUCCUUCGGUCGGACCCUCUGUUCCUGCUCCAAAGCAGUUUGUAAAGAGUGCAAGUUUCAGUCCUAAGGUGAAUGGCACCAAUGCCACAGUUGCCAGAGUAGAUAAGUCAACAGAUUCAAAGUCAGCCCCAACCAGCCCUGCUCUAAGCGAUCAAAUGGCUAAACCUGCUCCUUCUGCUAGUGCCAUUAGCGUUCAGACAGCAAGUAAACUUUUCUCCUAUAAAGAAGUUGCCCUAGCUCCCCCUGGUACAAUUGUGAAGGCUGUGGCUGAACAAUCACCAAAAGGAAACCUUGUUCAACAAAACACCGAGGCAAGCCGUGAGAUAAUUGCGACAGAGGAGGUUCACUGUGCAACGCCAUCAGGAAAAGAUGUGGAAGACAAUCAUGAUGAGAAACUAAUUGAAGGAAAAAAGGAAGCUGAAGUGGUGACUGAAAAUGCAAAUAUUGCAAAAAUUACUGAUGUCAGAGAUGAGGUUGCCAUUGUGAAACCCCAGGAAGAUAGUAGUGAUACUGUUAAAGACAAGAAAUCUGAAGCUACAGAUAUCACAGUUGGGCAGGUUGAGAACAAUGGUUGUUUGAAGAAUGUGAACGACGGGGCCUCUCAAAGUGUAUCAAAGAUAGAAGCACUAGAAAGUUGCCCAACAACUUCCCCCCAUUCACUUUCCCUAACCAAUUCGGCUGAAGAUUCAAAAGAGUUUCUCAGUAACGAUGCAUCUAUAUCAAAAGAGAAGCUUACUGAAGGAGAUGAAAAACAACAUGAAUCACUCAAUGGUAAUGCAGAUAGUAAUUCAAUACCAUCUGACGGAGAAAAGCAAGAUGAAACAGAAUCAGGAAAGGAAACAACCAAGAAACUUUCUGCAGCUGCACCACCAUUUAAUCCUUCGACAAUCCCAGUUGUUGGCUCAGUUCCAGUUCCAGGCUUCAAAGAUCAUGGAGGAAUUUUGCCCCCGCCAACAAAUAUUUCUCCUAUGAUUGCAGUAAAUCACCGUAGAUCACCUCAUCAGUCAGCAACAGCAAGGGUUCCAUACGGUCCACGCAUAUCUGGAGGCUACAAUAGAUAUGGGAACCGAGUUCCACGAAAUAAAACCGUAUUCCAUAGUGGUGAGCACACCACUGAAGGUAAUUGCAUUAGCCCUCCCACGAUAAUGAACCCACAUGCCACUGAGUUUUUGCCUGGCCAACCUUGGGUUCCCAAUGGCUAUCCGGUGCCUCAUAAUGGAUAUAUGACUUCACCAAAUGGUAUUCCAGUGUCACCGAAUAGCUUUCCCAUGGCUCCCAAUGGAAUUCCAUUAUCAACCAAUGGAUAUCCAACAUCUCAGAAUGGCUUUGCAACAUCCCCAACUGGUUCCACAGAUCCAACACCAGUUGAGAAUGUUGAAAGUGAUCUUGGAAACACAAGUCAAACGCCAGAUAAGGAAAGUAAAGAAGAAGCUCCAACGGAAAUCAAGUAUGAAAAGCUGGAAGCUGAGCAAAAUACUCAAGAUCAAUCUGUCAGCGCUGAGAAUGGCUCUAAAACAGAAGAAAAGCCUACAGCUGUUUGUAGUCAAGAAGAAAAAGAACUUGGCAAGGACAUAGUACCUGAAGAAAAACAAGGCAAGUGCUGGGGGGACUACAGUGAUAGUGAAGCAGAAAUUAUUGAGGUCACAAGUUAAGAUUUGUAGCUCCUUGGUCAAACUCCAAGGGAUGAUGACGGAGUUCCAGAACAAUGAGGUCCCAAUUUACCACUGGGUUAGCGAGUUCUUUGAACUGCAAGGAAAUGCAAAAUUAUUAUACAACUUGGUACUCUAAUAAUGGGGGAGGUUAGGUUAACAGUCUUGUUUACGUUGUCCAACAAUAGUCCUGUUAAUAGCCUAUUUUGCGGAAGCAAGUCAUCUAAGACAUGGAAGCCUUUGUUGAGUAGCUAAUUAGCAUCUCCUGUAUUAAAUUGUUUCAAUCUUUUCCUGCUAUAAUUUUUUGUUGUGUUGACGGAUUUGUAGCUUCUUAGUCAUCCUCCAAGAGAUGAUAACUAAGUUCCAGAACAAUAAGGUCUCACUUUGCAGACCUGUAUUUUGUUUCCUUUGCAGUGGCCCUUGUUCGUUUUUCAUUAGUUUGUUCAUAACUUGAGAUGUUUCUCUUUCCUAUGAUGAAUAAUUACGGUGCUAAUGAGUAAA